CGGCGGGGCGCGCCCGCGGGGCCAUGAGGGCGGGCUCCGGCCAUGGCCCAUGGCAGCGCGGCGGUCAUGCUGAAGUGCGUGGUGGUGGGGGACGGCGCCGUGGGCAAGACGUGCCUGCUGAUGAGCUACGCCAACGACGCCUUCCCCGAGGAGUACGUGCCCACCGUGUUCGACCACUACGCAGUCAGCGUCACCGUCGGAGGCAAGCAGUACCUGCUGGGGCUCUACGACACCGCCGGCCAGGAAGACUAUGAUCGUCUGAGACCUUUAUCUUACCCUAUGACCGAUGUCUUCCUUAUCUGCUUCUCAGUGGUAAACCCUGCUUCAUUUCAAAAUGUGAAGGAAGAGUGGGUACCGGAGUUGAAGGAAUAUGCACCUAAUGUUCCCUUUUUACUAGUAGGAACACAGAUUGAUCUUCGUGAUGACCCAAAAACUCUGGCAAGACUGAAUGAUAUGAAAGAGAAGCCCAUAUCUGUGGAGCAAGGACAGAAGUUAGCAAAAGAGAUAGGAGCCUACUGCUAUGUGGAGUGUUCAGCUUUAACACAGAAAGGACUGAAGACCGUUUUUGAUGAAGCUAUUAUAGCCAUUCUAACUCCAAAGAAACACACAGUGAAGAAGAGAAUAGGCUCAAGAUGCAUAAACUGCUGUUUGAUCACGUGAAAAACAUUUGACAAUGGCCAGGCUUACUGUGAAAUUCUACUGAUUUUAAAUACAAUGCAUUAAGUACAUAGCGAACUUGUUACAGGUUUGAAAGCUGAACCUACGAUUCUGCCUUCUACAACCAGUGAAAUCCAGAGGAAUAAAAUCAAAGUCAACAAACUUGUAAUAAGAAGCCACCACACCUGUUACAAAUAUUUUAUUCAGACUGGAAGGUACAAUCUCUCAGGGUUACAUAGUCUAGAGGAAGCAAAAACUGCACCAUGCUGAAACGGCAUCUGUGUGAUUUUAAUGAGUGGAGAUGCUUGGCCUGAAAUACUCUAACUGAAUUUGGACAGUCUUCUGCUUUGACUAUAUAUAUAUAUAUAUCUAUCUUAAAAAAACAAC